UUGUUCAAUUUCGGAUGGAUUUUUUGGGGUUCUCUGUAAAAUAAGUUAAAAAGUGAAAUUUAUAUUUUACUUAUUCGUUAACGUUCAUACUCGUGCUUUUAAAUAUAUUUUUAUUCCUGAUGAUCUUUUAAGAGAAAAAUCUCAUAGUAUAUAAUGGCAACUGGGGAAAUUGAAACACCACCUCCUUAUAGUAAUAAUACAAAUCCAACAUUCUCACAAGCCACAGUGAAAAAAGGCGAAAAUGUUUUACCACUACCAAAAGAUUUUCAAGUACCAGGAGAUACCCCAACCGAUACAGAGAAAAACUAUAAAAUAUCAUAUUUUCAAUUGUUUCGUUAUUCAACAUUUGGAGAACGAUGUCUUAUCGUAUUAGGCAUAAUAUUAGCAUCCUUGGGCUCAAUUGGUAUACCUUAUUCCAUAGUUAUAUAUGGAGAAUACUCUUCUUUGCUGAUUGAUCGUACCGUGGGUGUGGGCACAUCAUCGAAUACUUUUAUUUUACAACUUUUUGGAGGCGGCAAAAAAUUAACUAAUGCCUCUUACGAAGAAAAUAUGCAAGCUAUAAGAGAUGAUUCUGCUGCUUUUGGUCUAGGAAGUUUAGCCGGUGCUUUAGCGGAAUUAAUAGUUUUAGCUAUAGCAGUUAAUAUUUUGAAUAGAGUAGCUCUAAAUCAGAUCGGUCGUGUUCGAAAACUAUUUUUAGAGGCCAUUCUUAGACAAGAUAUGUCUUGGUUUGAUACAUCUUCGGGUAAUAAUUUUGCCAGUAAAAUGACUGAGGACUUGGAUAAAAUGAAGGAGGGCCUUAAUGAAAAAAUCGCAAUUUUUGUAUUCCUCAUAAUGACCUUUGUGUUGGCAAUUAUAGCGGCAUUUUUCUAUGGCUGGAAACUUACUUUGGUUGUGAUCAGUUGUUGUCCUUUCAUCAUUAUCUCCACAGCAAUGGUGGCUAAAAUACAAAGCUCCCUAACACAAAAGGAACUUGAAGCUUAUGCCGGCGCUGGUGCCGUUGCCGAAGAGGUCUUCGCUGGUAUACGUACCGUGUUUGCCUUUAGUGGAGAACGCAAAGAAGAAGAACGUUUUUCGAAAUUAUUGGUGCCUGCCGAAAAGAUGGGACGUAAGAAAGGUUUGUACUCGGGUAUUGGGGCCGGUGCCAUGUGGUUUAUCAUCUACUGCUGUUAUGCCAUUGCCAUGUGGUACGGUGUAAAAUUGAUUGUUGCAGAACGCUAUGAUGAAGAUCGUCAUUACACUCCAGCGGUAUUGGUGAUUAUAUUGUUUGGUGUUAUAAUGGGUGCACAGAAUUUAGGAUUCUCUUCGCCUCAUGUAGAAGCAUUUGCUACAGCUAGAGGCGCUGGUCAAAAUAUAUUCUCCAUUAUUGAUCGCAAAUCGAAAAUUGAUCCCCUAGAUACUAAAGGAGAUAAACCGCACGAAGUUAUAGGCAAUAUAGAGUUUGAACAAAUAUAUUUUCGUUAUCCAGCACGUCCCGAUGUUGAGGUUCUCAAGGGUCUAUCUUUAAAAAUAAAGCCUGGGCAGACAGUGGCUUUCGUGGGUCCUUCUGGUUGUGGCAAAUCCACCACCCUACAGUUAAUGCAACGAUUUUAUGAUCCUCUGCAGGGAACGGUGAAAUUAGAUGGCCAUGAUUUGCGUGAUUUAAAUGUCUCCUGGUUACGUUCCCAAAUCGGUGUAGUGGGUCAAGAGCCUGUACUCUUUGCUACCACCAUUGAAGAAAACAUACGCUAUGGAAAACCAGAUUGUUCUAUGGCUGAUAUAGAAAAUGCCGCAAGAACUGCCAAUUGUCAUGAUUUUAUUAUCAAACUACCACAGGGUUAUAAAACUAUGGUGGGCGAACGUGGUGCUCAAAUGUCGGGUGGACAAAAGCAACGUAUUGCCAUUGCUAGAGCCAUUGUUAGGGAUCCGAAAAUUCUGCUAUUAGAUGAAGCUACUUCUGCUCUAGAUCCUACAUCCGAGAAACGCGUACAAGAUGCCUUAGAAGUGGCCAGUAAAGGACGAACUACACUUGUAGUAUCUCAUCGGCUUUCGACCAUUACUAAUGCCGAUAACAUAGUAUUCGUUAAAGAUGGUGUUGUCGCAGAACAAGGCACCCAUAAUGAACUAAUGGCUAAAAAGGGUCUGUACUACCAACUCGUUAAAAUUUCUCAACGUACUGAGGACACAGAAGAUGAUAAAACCUGCAAGUCUUCAAGGAAAGUGGCCACUCAACAACGAAACAGUGAUGAUGAGGAAGACGAUGAUGAAGUCAGUGAAGUGGAAGAAGAUUUGGACGAAAAUAAAAAGGAUAAUAGUAAAACAGUUGGUGAAACAACUAAGAAAAAAAAGCGUAAGAGUAAAAAAUCGAAAAAGGACGAAGAAGAAAAAUACGAUAUAUCCAUAACACAAUUAAUGAAAUUAAAUGCUCCCGAGUGGCGUUAUAUUCUAAUAGGAUGUAUUGCUGCAAUGUUGCAUGGUGCUACAUUUCCCAUAUGGGCCGUUUUGUUUGGUGACUUCUUCGGUAUCUUAUCCGAUGAAGAUGAUGAGUAUGUAAAAUCCGAAUCGAUUUUCUUUUCGUACAUGUUUUUGGUCAUUGGAAUAAUGGCUGGACUAGGUACUUUAAUACAAACAUAUGCCUUUAAUACGGCUGGUGUUAAAAUGACAUCGCGUUUAAGAAGCAGAGCUUUUCAAACACUUCUAAAACAGGAAGUAGCCUAUUUUGAUGAUGACAAGAAUUCGGUGGGUGCUUUAUGCUCGCGUUUGGCGGGAGAUUGUUCGAAUGUUCAAGGAGCUACCGGUGCCAGAAUUGGCAUUAUGUUCCAGGCAUUUUCUUCGCUAGCCGUUGGUGUAAUUGUUGCAUUUAUAUAUUCAUGGAAUUUAACAUUAGUUACUUUGGUUACUGUGCCAUUUGUUUGUCUAUCGAUUUAUUUAGAGGCUAAAGUUAUGGAAUCUAGUGCUAUGGCGGAAAAGGCCGCCAUCGAAAAAGCUUCACAAGUGGCAGUAGAAGCCAUUUCAAAUGUACGUACAGUUACGAGUUUAGGACAGGAGAGAAAUGUCUUAGAACGUUAUUCGACUCACAUUGAUCUGGUAGAAAAAGCCUGCAUCAAGAAAUUAAGAUUUAGAGGUUUUGUAUUUGGUCUGGGACAAGCAGCGCCAUUUUUUGCUUACGGUUUAUCGUUGUAUUAUGGUGGCACCUUGGUGGCCAAUGGUGAAAUCGACUAUGAGAAUAUUAUAAAAGUUUCUGAGGCUUUAAUCUUUGGGUCUUGGAUGUUGGGCCAGGCUUUGGCAUUUGCUCCCAAUGUUAGUGAGGCGGUUAUAUCGGCUGGUCGCCUAAUGAAACUUUUCGAUCGUAUACCCAAUAUGCAUAAUCCACAAGAUAAACCAUUUAAUACUGCAGAUAAAACUGAGGGUAAUAUCACCUAUGAAAAUGUAUACUUUGAAUAUCCCGGGCGAAAAGGUACACCUAUUUUACAGAACUUUAAUUUGGAAAUAGAAAAGGGCACAACAGUAGCUUUGGUGGGGCCUUCAGGCUCGGGAAAAUCUACUUGCGUGCAAUUGCUGCUACGUUACUACGAUCCUGUUAGUGGUGCUGUCAACUUGAGUCAGACCCCCACAACAGAAUUCUCAUUCGAUACUUUACGCUCCAAAAUGGGUUUAGUGUCACAGGAGCCGGUACUAUUCGAUCGCACGAUAGCUGAAAAUAUAGCAUAUGGCAACAACUUCCGCGAUAACAUACCUAUGGCUGAAAUCAUAGAAGCAGCUAAGAAGUCAAAUAUUCACAAUUUUAUAACAUCUCUGCCUCAGGGUUAUGCCACCUCACUGGGUAGUAAAGGUACGCAGUUGUCGGGUGGACAAAAGCAACGUAUUGCCAUAGCUCGUGCUAUGGUACGAAAUCCUAAAAUCCUUAUCUUAGAUGAAGCAACUUCGGCUUUGGACAUGGAAAGUGAAAAAGUUGUACAAGAAGCCUUAGAUGUGGCACGGAGUGGACGUACUUGUGUAACCAUUGCCCAUCGUUUAACAACAGUUCGUGAUGCCGAUUUGAUUUGUGUGUUAAAGAAGGGUGUUGUCAUCGAACAAGGUACCCAUGAUGAAUUAAUGGCUCAGCGAGGAAUGUAUUAUGAUUUGUACAUGAUGCAGCAAGUUUCAUAA